CCUAAAUCUGUCUGUCUGUCUGUGUGUCGUCUGCGGACACCACCCUCCGACGCCCUCUCUCUAGAUGGGUGCCAUCGUGAGUGGGCUGCCGAUGAUCCCCCCAGCACCAGCGCCAGCACCGUGCUGAUGGUGUGCGGUGUGCUGCUGCGCCACGAGUCGUGAGAAGAGGGAUGCGGGGUGCUCGAGGAGCUUCUCUGGCGCGCCGUCCUCGAUGAUCUGCCCAUCCUCCAUCACAAAAAUCCUGUCCACGUCCAUCACACUCUGCAGGCCAGGCACCACAGAGACACACAGACAGAAAGGGAGGGAGAAUACGGUGGUCGUGUGGUGUGUCGGGGUCGGUAUAAACAGACCUGCAGCCUGUGAGCCACGAUGAUGAGUGUGGCCCCGACGCAGUACCGCCUGAUGGUCUGGUGGAUGACGUGGUCGGUCCGGGGAUCUACCGAGCUCGACGCCUCGUCCAGCACUACCACCUGAUAUAUUGCAGCACACCACACCCCCAAACACACACCCCCACACACAACACAUGACACCUGUGGACUAGACACGAGGACGGACAUCUUAGAUAGACACACGGAUGGCUGACUCACCUUGGCCUUCCGCAGCAGGGCCCUGGCGAGGCAGAUGAGCUGUUUCUGACCAACAGAGAGUGCGGCCCCGCCCUCGUCGCCGAUGUGGGUGUCGAGCCCGUCGGGGAGCCGCUGGAUGGCGUCCUCCAUCUCGCAUUGACGCAGCACCUCCCAUAUAGAGCCGUCACGAUGGACACCCUGCACUCACCCGACACACACACAACAAGCGGGUGGGUGCGUCUGUGGCGACAGGCGGUUGCUUGUGUGCCCUCACCGAUGGGUCGAUGUUCUUCCUGACUGAUCCGGAGAAGAGGACGGGGAACUGCGGGACGGCAGAGAUGGACGACCGCAGCCGCUCCAACGGCACCCCGUCGAUGUUUAUACCUUCACACACACACACACACACACAGAGAGAGAGAGAGAGAGAUGUAUUCCGCAUGUUGAGUCUCUCUCGCUGUGCCUUCAUCCAUCCCCUUCAUUGAUUACACACCGUCAAUGUGCAGCGCCCCAGCGGUCUUGGGUGCCAUCCGGAAGAGCGACAGCAGGAAGGUGCUCUUGCCGCUCCCCGUCCGACCGACCACACCCACACGCGUCCCAGACGCAAUCGUCGCACUCACACCCCUCAACGCAGGGGGCAGCCCAGGCCGAUAUGUCACCCACAGCUGAGAUAUCUCGAUGCGCCCCGUCUUGGGCCAAUCGGCCGGCACUGAUGCCGCCAAGGGCAGGGGGAACGUCAGCAGCCGUGGCAGCCGUGGGGGCGGGUACGUCUCGUUGGGGGCUCGUGGUAGAGAGAAGGGCCGGAUGCCUCUGCUGCUGCUGCCGAACUGUCGCAGCCGCAACUGGCUCCACACGGACCAGUUGGAGUCGUGCAUGGCCGUCAAGGCGGUCGUGGGCGGGGGGGUCAGCAGCUGCUCGGUAAGGUCUUGACUGGGGCUGGGCUCUCUGCUACUGUGCUGCUGCUGCCGCCGUCUCGCCUGUCUUCUCUGCCAUGACGUCCAUCGGCGGCGCACCACGGCAACAGCGUCGCGGCACGCCCGUCGGGUCAUCCUCACAGCACGGUGGCCCGUCGAUGUGAUCGCGUCACUGGUGGAUGCCAGCAUGGUGCGGACACCUCUGUUGCGUCUAGUCAGGGGGGCGUCCUGGCCUGGCGUCACGGGGGGCGUGGCGAGAGGCCCGACUCCGCAGUCGCCACUGACGGAGGAUAUGAGCUCUGAGAGGGACUUGUUGGACCCCGCGUCACCCCGCACACCGCCGCCGCUCUCGUCUGGGUGGCUGUCGUUGGACAAGGACAGGCUGCGCGCCUGCGAUUGCAGCCGCUCCCUGUCACGAUCCCGAUCUCCACCGCCCUUGUCUGCCGUCGCGUCGUGGUCACCAGCAAUACCCACAAGUGCUGCUCUAGGCGGGACAUAGCCCUUUUGUUGGUUCGGGUGGGUGUGGGGAUGGUGGUACUGGUAUUGGUAUUGGUCCUCGUCGCACACGCUGCCCUCGUCGAUGCCGUCCAUGCGCCGGCGGUCUGACUCGUCGGCCGUGGCCGUGGUGGUGCUGGGGUUGUCGACAGAGAUGCUGUGAUAGCGGCGGGGCAGCACCGGCCGCGAGUUGGUGGAGGCGGGGGAUGCCUCAACCGAAUGGCUGCGUGCCGACUUGCCCGGCAUGCGAUCGAACACGGGCAGCCACUGCAGUGAAGGCGAGCCGGUCUUCCUGCUGCUCGGAGGGCGGUCGCUGUCGUCCGUCUGCGGCGACUCCCCCGCCUCAUCCUUAUCGGCAUCUGCGUAGUCCUCUUCAUUGUGGAAGGCGUCUACCUCGUCCCUGAGAGCGAUGGUGUCCGGCUCCUGCUCGACACGCAUGUACUCGUCCACCCUCUCGACCGCAAUGAACUGCUUCUCCGUCUCGAUGAACGUUCCGAUCAGCCCGUUGACCAGCCCCACAAUGGGCAGAGCGUACGAGAUGGCCAGACCCAUCAGGCCCGCAGAGGCUCCCGUGUCGGCACCGUAGUGGACCAAGACGAUGUGCUGCGUGACGGCUGCGAGUGCGGUGAAAGAGGUGAGGGCCACGCCGAUGGAGUCGAAGCGGAGGGUGAGCCAUCCGCCAGCGGCCUGGGAUGAGUACUGGACCUCCUGGUUCUGCCGGAUGCGGGCGGCGUUCUCCUUGAGGAAGCGGCCCUCGGCCGCAAACGCACGGAUCGUCACGCGGCCUGCAGCCAUUCCACCCACACACUUGUGUGCCUGCCUUGAUGUGUGUCAGUGUGUCUUUGGGGAGAUGGACAGAGGGGGUGUUCCGUUACCCGCGAGUGCUUCGUUGAAGAGUCUGUAUACGGGCGACUUGCUGGUGGACUCAAGGCGCUUCAACUCACGGCUAGAGCGACGGUAAAAACGCUGUUAAUCAUGACAAACACACAUACAUACACAUACGCACAGAGAGAGAGAGAGAUGGGAUGAUGAGAGGGGAACAGAUACUGAUGUCUGCCUGUCUGCUUAGGUGUGUGUGUGGUAGGUCAGCAGCUCUUUCUCAUUGUGUGUGUCCAUCACGGGGAGCUCAGACCCGAAAGAUGGUAGCAGACAAGAGUUUCAUCACACCCAUUGCAUCUCCCUCCCUCCCUCCCUCCCUCUCUCCCUCCCUGCCUCUCUCCCCUCCUCUCUGUUGCUCUCUCUGGGUGCGUCUGAGUGGCUGGCUGGUCGACCCACCUGAAUCCUGAAGUAUAUGAAUGCCAGCACCGGCAGGAAGGUCGCCACCCAUAUGUUGGCAUACAGCAACGUGCACAGCGUCCCAAGCAGCCCCACACUCUGCACACACCACACACACAUCCCACCUCUUUGCUCGCCGAUGCAGGCAAUGCACUGACCCCGGGCACCCACCCACCUGGGCGAGGAGUAUGUUGAAAAGGAAAGGCAGGCUGUCGUCCACACUCCACUGGUCACCCGCAAACCGGUUCAGCACGCGGCCGACCGGCGUCUUGUCGAACCAGCCCACGGGCGCAUGCAGCACACGCACCCACAUGGCGUCGUGCAGACAACGCGCCGCACGGACACCACCUACACCACACCACACCCAGCCAGCCGACACAGCCGGCAUUACAUUGGCACACACCAUGACAUGUUCCUUCUCUGCUCGUGUGUGACCGGCCUGCAGGCAUACCAUAAGCGAAAAGGAAUGCCCGCAGGAUGGUGAAGACCGAGUUGAGUAGGGCAAUGACGGCGUAGCCGACGAGGAAAUAGUGUGCGCCCCGUUGUGUGUUGAGGCCGUCCUCUCGCAAGUCGAUGUCGUCACUCGCGCCUCCUUGACCGUCGCACCAGCCAUCUAGGCACUUGGGGGGCACGUACAGCAUGGCCCACAAGGAGCUGAUGUGGGAUGGAUGGGGUGUAGCGGGUGAUGGGUCGUGGGGUGGGGUAGAUGAAGAUGAAGAGGUCCAGCUGGAGAGCCAGAUGUCCGAGGCGUUGCGGGUGAGCUGCAUGAGUAUGAGCGAGAUGAGCGUGGCGAUGCAGACGACCACUCCAGCGCUGGCAAAGUACGCUCUGUGCGUCCGCCACGCCACCACACCCUCCUGCCGCUCCUCCUUGUCCACCAGCUUGGCUCCAUCCUCGUCGCCCUUGCCACCACCACCAGAGUCACUCUCACACCCCGCCCCCUCCCCACCAGCACCGCGGGACGUGGGCGACGCCCCUCCCCCUGACCCCGACCCAACACACGACUCCUGCUCGUUGUCUAUGUCGAUAUCUCCCGCCUGCGAGUCGGUUGCUGACAUGUCGAAGGCACAUGGGUCCACCAGGGACGCGUGCACCCGGCCAUCGGUGGCUGACGCGUUGCCGGAGGGGCCGCCAGACUGCUCCCGUUCGUCCACUGCGCCGUUGACCGAAUAAGCUGGCGGGGUGAUGGGCACCCCGCCCACAGAGGGGCUGGGCAGGGAGAGCGAGGCGGGCGCCUUCUUGCCGGCGAGGAGGGAGGGAAGGGGGGGCGGGAGGGGCUGGGGCUGCCUGGCCCACUGGCAGCUGCUGAUGCUGCCGGCUUGAUACGCCUUGAGGGCGGCCGGGGUCAGCCCUGCUGCUGCCGGCCUGACUGCUGGUCCUGUUGGGCCCACUGGGGGCAAUCCGGGCCGGUUGACAAAGCUGCCUGGCGUCAUCUGACUCAGCGGUCUGCCUGCUGGCGAAAGGGGCGGUCUCGGUGAGGGCGACCGGCUCUGCGACCGGUGGUUGCUCGCUUCAUCUGCCGCUGACGCCGGCCGGCAGCGCCUGCCUCUUGCGAAGGGCGAGUUGAUGCUCCUGCAGCUGCGGUGUGAGGAUGUGUGGUGGCCGAUGUCUUCGAGGGCCGUGAGCAGGCGGGGAAGGGUGACGGUGCCGUUGGCCACGAUGCCGUUGUUGCCGAGCACCACCACUCGCUCCACACGGGGGUCGUGGGCGUAGUGCAGUGCAUGGGUGCUCAGAAUCACAGUCGAACCGGCCAGAAGACCACCUGCGGACGGGAGCGGACGGGAGAGGAUGGGUGUGUUGGUGUGUGCCCUGGUGGGGUGGGUGCGGUGUGUCUGGAGGUCAGUCAGUUAGUUACCUUGUCCGAAGACGUUGUGCCAUAUGUGUGAGGCGACGUGGGCGUCGACGGCAGACAGGGGGUCGUCUAUGAGGUAGAGCGACGCCGGGCCGUACACUGCACGCGCCAAACCCACACGGGCACGCUGACCACCUGACACACACACACACAGAGAGAGAUACGACGUGUGUCAAUCGAUUGAGGUGAUGGGUACUCGCCACGCCACGCCAGGCCAGGCCAGGAGUACAUACCAGAGAGUGUGUGGGCCCCUUCUCCGAUCUCGGUGUCGUCUUUGCUGGGCAUCAUGGCCAAGUCGGCCUCAAGCGCACAGGCAUGCACCACCUGCUGGUACCUCGCAGCGUCAUACGGCCGGCCAAACAGAAUAUUGUCUUUGAUCGAUGCGCUCUGCAGCCACGCACUCUGCGCCGCAUACGCAACCGCACAUUCCCCCGUGCUGCUGGGGGCGCCCCUCCUUGUGGUGCUGCGGACACCAGUGCCCAGGCGGGGCGUGGUGGCCUCGCCCUCGAGCAGCCGCAGCUCGCCAAGGAUGGCGUGUAGGAGGGAUGACUUGCCGGAGCCCACUCUGCCAACCAGCAGAACCAUGUCGCCCUUGCGCACCUCGAGAGAGAGCUCUGAGAGCAUGAAGGGCGCGCUAGAGGGAAAAAGGUCGUGUUUCUUGCUGUCCGGGGGCGCCUUGCCGGUGCCGGUGUGUGAGUGAUGAGUGGGGGAUGAGGGGAGGGCGUGGGUGGGAGGGGGCCUCUUGCGCCACCGUCUCGAGGCGGUGGUGGUGGGUGGGGUGGUGUCGCGCUUGCUCGCGCUGUCGUCCUUCACCUCCGGCCAAGCAAAUGUGGCGCCCUUGAGUGCGACAACCACUGUGUCAUCUGUUGUAGCUGCUGUGGUGGUCUCGGGUCGGCCGAAAGUGGGCGAGCCGUCGUUGGUGGAUGCCGACCUGACGGACGGGUCGAGGCCGGGUGACGUGGUGGGCGGGUUGGACUCGGACGAGGGGGAGGAUGCAGUGGAUCUGGCACUGACCACUGCUGCUGGGUCGUGGGGAGGGGCCAGCACAUAGGUCGUGGGGAGGGACCGCAGCGGCGUCGCCGCGCCGGGAUGGUGGGUGUCGGGAGCCAUCCUGGGAGCCCGUAAAGGCUUGUCAUCUGACACACCACCACACAACACAACACACGUCCAUGCCACGCAGCGGUUGAGUUGAAUGUGUUGGUUGGUGCGGUUGAUGCCAUCCAUGCCCAGCCCACCAGGUGGCAGAAUAAACUCCGAGAGCCUUAUGAAUGAGAUGCGUGCCUCGAUGACGCUGUUGAGGACCCAUGGGAAGUUGUUCAUGGGGCCGAUCAGCCGCAGCAGCAACGCCAAUGCGGUAAAGGCCGUCGACGCGGUGAGUGUGGAGCCGCCCAUGACGAAGGCCGAGAACGUGGCCAGGGCCACACACACGGGCGUGGUCGCCCAGAAGUACACGCACCACGCGUCUGAGGGAGGGACAUACACAGUGAGGCGAGCUCAAUCAUCGCUAAAUGCGUGUGUGCAGGGUAGGUAGGUACCUAGGUAUUUCCUCCCGGCGAGCGCGGCCACUUCCUUCUUGCGUGCUUGAGUGACGCUGUCGGAGAUGAAGCUCUCCAGCGCCAGCAUCUUGACCGUGCGGAUGCCCUGCAGCGCCUCAUUGCUGUUGAUUCAGUUGAAACACACAACACAACACAACACACCACAACACACCCAAACCAGCCACACAGCCACAGACACACUCGCAUCCAUCCCAUGUGCUCCAUCCGUCCGGCCUGCAGCUCAGUCAGCUGCCUUCGGUCGGGGCGUACGUACCAUAGCUUGACCCGCUGGUCCUUGUAGGUCAUCAUUUGUUUGGUGAGGUAGGAGAUGCGCGUGGCGACGAGAAUGUUGCAGACCACGACAACGAGGAGGAAGGCCAGACCGGCGAGGAAGGCGCUGCGGACCUCUCGGUGGAGGAGGUAGAGGGUCAGCGACACAUCCAGGGGCAGCUGCCAGAACGAGUUGAACACAUUCACCACUCCAGACACCUGGACACAGAGAGAGGGGGGAUUGAUAGCUAUCCCACUCAUCAUCCCCACAGUGUGCUGUGCUGUGCUGUGCUGUGUCGCCGUCUGUCUGACUGACCCUGUCAGCAUCGAUGUUGGCGAAGUUGGUGACCUCCCCGGUGGUGAACCUCCGUUUGGUUCCGUCUUUCAUGGUCACGUUGGGCGAGGCCACCAUCCGCUCAAAGACGGCCGUCAUCAGACCCACCCGCAUCCGCAUGCACACCCGCCCCGUCCAGAAGCCAUACUGCGACGACAGCACCGCAUUCGCCGCCGCAACCACACACAUCGCCACAGCGAUCCCCACACCGCGCCACGGACUCUCACCCCUGUCCGACCCGCUCUCGACAAAUUCCAGCAACGCUUUGAGCAGCAGCGGGCCCGACAGGCCCAGUAGGGUGGUGACGAUGAGCACCAGACAGAGAGGGUAGAACUGCCGGCCGUGGCCGACGUGCAGGCAGUGCAGGAGAGAGGGGGAGGGCCGCUGCUGCUCCCGCGACAGAAGGGCUGCGAAUGAGGCGGCACAGCGGUCGGUGUCGUCUAUAGGCAUCAAUGGCGGCAGGUCGGAGUGCUCCAGCUGGCGGGAGUUGCCUGUCGCAAGGCAGAUACACACAGAUACAGCACAGCCAGAUACCGACCGACAGAUGCACACAACAAUUGCAGCGCAGCCAUCGUGUUGAUCAGAUCUGCCGUGUGUGUGUGUGCUGGCUGACCCGUCCGCAGCACUCCGUACAUCCACGAAAACGAUAUCGCCUCCCACGUGCGCCGCGCCUGCGCCGCAAUGGCGGGCAGCGGCCGCGAUCUCUCGGAGGCCAUGGCCUGUUCGCCUGCCGGAUUAUUCAUGGCGUCAGUUGGCCCAGCACCGCCGCCGUAUCUUGCCGCACAUCUGAGUCGACCGGUUCGAAAGGUGUGCAGGACUCGAUCUCACCGCUCCUCUACGCAGCAUUGAGACCCUGAGGAGUGAGUGAAGCGAGGGACGUGGCGAGAUAAGCCCGGCG